GUUGCAUCGAGCUGGUGUUUUUCAGCGCCGCCAACAUUCGAAUCCAAAUGAAUGAAAGUAAACACGGUGUAACGAAGUUUGGAUAAAUGUGAACAACUUUUCACUAUUGUUACAUAUCACACAACCAUGAUCAGUUUGGGUCCCGCUCAAUAAUCGACUGGAGUGGAUCUUGGCGAAAUUCGCGCAUGGAUAACUACCGAGACCGUCAGCUAGUCCGCAACAAGGAUGAAACUGUGUCACUGAGACUAACAUCAAAACAUGAUUCUGUUACACACUAUCUGACAAAAUCUAAUAAAUUAUCCCGCCAGCCCACAACUCUUCCUGGAUAUAACACGGUCAACAAUUCUUCGACAACCACCUUGGAUCAGAACGGUCUUAUUAAACGAGAAAAAACGCGUGCACGAAAACGUAAAGCCUACUUGACCUUUCCAAAGUGCAGAAGACCUGUGAACAUCGUCUCCAGAUCAAAAUCUGGCCCAUAUGACUCCCCAACUCCACCUUCAAACCGGAUUCAUAAUCCCACAUUAUCGGAACAAACUCGCACCAACUUACACACUGAAUCCGAAGUGCAACCUGAGCGUGGCACCCGGGGUUAUACUGUCUUAAGUAGACGGGUUUUAACCCAAAUACCCAGUGAUAAGAACCAACCGUCAAACCGUUACCAUGUGUUUAGCUUCAAACAAGUUAAACACCUUGAUGAGGUCCUGCAGACUGUGCUCACUGUUUCACCACGUCCUGUAACAUGGGAUUUUAUGGUAUAUCAUCCAUCCAGUAUUCACACUGAAGCAUGUCCGGGGCAGCUUCUGGCUAUGACGGAUGAUUCGUGUGCAACACGGUCAUCUAGCGUGGUUCCGGGGAACGCCAGCUGUACUUGUGAUCACAUCUACUGUGAAUCCCUCCCUCGGAGGACUUUCAGAGAAGUUAUUACGAGGUGUGGCCACCAUCCGCGUGCAGGGCUGGUGAACUGUAUGCCCCUCCUAUAUAUCCCUCUGGUUCAACUCAUCAGAACCAUACGCGAUCGUCUCACAGACGAGCAGAUAGUGGUACGAGAAGUCCGUCUAAACGGAGGAGCCGCUGGGUGUGUGAUUGAAGAUGCCGACGUGGACAGUUACAAUGACUUGGAUCUAAUAUUCAGUGUUGAUUUAUCCAACACCAACACUUUCACCAAAAUCAAAUCCAUCGUGUUUUCCAGCAUUUCACAAUUCCUGGCCAACACAUUUGCCUCCGGAAAGGUUGCAUAUAGCUGUACCCACAACACAUGCUUUCAUCUUCCCAAUGUCUCUCAGCGAUGGGGAUGUUCCAAGUGUACAAGGGAUAUGACAUUUUCGGAAUCUGCACUGGGUUGCAAAUUAAGUCAAGCAAAAAAUGGUGCUAUUAGCAAUCAUCAUUCAACUUCCACAUCAAUCGUUUUAAAAAGUGAGCAGAUGCCAAAGAAAUACGAAAACGAUCAGAUCCUAACAGACGUGACAGACAAAAAGGAAUUACCAUCAAAACUCGCUAAUCUUCCUGUGGACGACCAGUCCAUAUCAAAUGGUAUUCAGAAAUCUUCCGAACAUGAGCCCUCAAAUGAUUUGCGUCAUUCCACGAACACUCAAAAGGACAUGAGCUACAGCUGUACGUGUUCACCCUGUCUACCUACAAGUACUGUGAACUGUCCUGGGUGGGACAGCCUGCUACGCGACGAAUCGUACGCAAAGCAUUACAUACAAAAAAUGGUUCGAAUCCAUAAACAAAGCUCCAAAACUGCCGAUUCCUGGUCACUCUUUACUUUGGGGUUUCGCACUCCGGAAGGAGGUAAAACAAUCGAUUUAAAAUUUGUAGACCGCAUGCACAGGCAAUUCGAAUUUACUGUGGAUAGUUUCCAAAUUGUGUUGGAUAGCCUACUAACCUUUCACGAGACCUCUAGACAGCCACUCACUGAGAACUUUUACCCAACUGUUGUGGCUGAAUCCGUUUCCGGGGGCUUCACAGAAGCUGUUGGACAUCUCCGCAAUCGUUUAAUUGUAACAGCAAGGCCAGAGGAAAUUCGCGGUGGUGGACUACUGAAGUACUGUAAAUUGCUGGUGGAGGGAUACCGACCACCUGAAGACACAGAUGUCCUAUCCAUGGAAAGAUACAUGUGUUCACGGUUCUUCAUAGACUUUCCAGACAUCAUUAGUCAACACCAUCGACUGGCGUACUACCUCGCAAACCACUUUGAAGACAACGACGCUCUGAAGUCCACCUACCUGCAAAUUCUUCACGAGGUUGUGUCUCACUCGACCAUAUGUCUAAUGACACACGAACGUCAACAAACCCUAUGUCUCAUAAGGAUGUUCUUGCAAGACGAACUUACAAGGGAAGAAGCCAGUCAGUCUGUGGUGCAUCUGGAGGAAUUUUCUUCCGAUAAAUGGGCCUUAGAUUCAAUAUACUAUGGCACAAAUUUUUUUCCAAAGCAACUCUUAAUACUCUCCAGUUCAUCCGCAACCACGGUUUACCAAGAGUGUGCGAUAUGUAAAGACCAGUCCAACGCAACAGAAUGCAGAGAGCAGAAUCAGAGCCCAUUGGGCUGCACCUACCUAACAUGUGAUAACUAUUUUGCUGCCGAAAAUACCCCAGAAUCUCACUCAGCUACAAAACACAUUGCCAAAACAGAAUCCGAUGAGUUUUUUCAAAACCAUGAACCCCACUCUGCUGAUCCUGAAGAUUACGUGGAUACAAACGGAGAAACCACGCAUCACACCAAAAAGUCCGCAAAGCUCUCAACUGCAACUUUGAAGCUGCCUACAAAACAGAGAUUGAGUGAUGUUGAGGAACUCACGGAUGCUGAGACAGAGACGUCGUCGACAUCCCUCCGAUCCUACUUGUCGCAGGAGGUGCUGAAGACGCAUGAAACAAAGGAUCAUCAGCCAGCCCUAGAGUCGUUAGAACAAGGACCUAAUGCAGAUGACUCUAAACUCAACCCAGUGUCCCCUUCACUCGAUCCCACCGUUAGCACCGUGCUCAACGACACGCUAGCAGCAUAUCCCCAGAAAAUUUACUACAUUCCACAGAUUGUUACAUACUUUCCAGCAACAGACUUUCCGCGUAAUCCACAAGCUGCUGUUAAAGCUCCUGGUCUAAGUGAAGAAACUGCAUACAAUCAUGCGCAGAAUUUGAGUGAAUCGUUUACCUCCGUUGACGAGGAUACUUCACUUCCGAGAUUCUUACCUCAUUGUCAUGCAGGCAUUAUCUUUCCGUCGAUUGAACAAGUCAGUUCUUCAGAAAUAAACCAUUACGUCGGCAUCCCCUGCUCUUCCGAUGUGCAGUUUAGUUAUCUAAACCACGCGAUGAAAAAUGCAUUCCUGGCACCGAACUCACCUCUGUCCCUUUAUGUCUUUGACCAAGAUCCGUCCUACUGUCUAUAUACGAGCCCCGUUAUACCGAGUGAACCAUCCCCUUUUAUACUAGCCUACCCGAUGUAAUUUCACUUUGCUUUAAAACCACAAACGGUACCCGUCCAUUUCUUGGUCAACUCAAAUACCCUUCACUUUCGUCGUUCAAAUUUGAUUACUUAUCAGGUGAAAGAAUUUCAAACUGAAGUUUUUGUGCUGUGAACUUGUGCUGCUACCAUCGGCCCCCCUCCAAACUUCAACAUCACACUGCUUUUGAUUCUUAUCAUCUUUCUGUUUGUAUUGUGCUGUGUCUGACUUACGAAUCAUGUUUGCACUCAAAAUAAUUUAUGUCUGUGUCAGCCAACCACCAAGCCCACCAAGAUACUGAUCAAUUCACAGAAACUAAGAGAACUGUCAUAUACUGCCAGCAAAACCAACAUACUCUUCCAAAAAGACCGUUUUAUUUAUUGAUAUGUUGUUCAUAUUUGUCAGUGUACCUACCGCUAAGUACGUGUCAGAUUGCCAAAUUGUUACACAUCAAAC